CUUCCUCCUUAAAUCCGGCGCCCGGACGCUUGGGUCCAUCAUCCGGAGCCGUGAGGGGGUUGCCUGAGCGGGGGACGCGAUGCCGGCGCCUUACACCCGGAUCCUGGGCCUAGGAGUUUCCUCUCUCAGAUGCUGGUCUGCAGCCCCGGUGCGCUGGGCCCAUGCACCACGGGUCAUCCAUGGAGACCUGGGUAAACUUUCAGGGGGGGUGAAGGAGUUUGUGGACCAUGGGGUGCGACUCUGCCAGCCAGCCAGCAUCCACAUCUGUGAUGGGACUGAGAAGGAGAAUGUCAAAAUCUUGAACUUUCUAGAGUCAGAAGGAAUCAUCAAGUCACUGGGCAAAUAUGAGAACUGCUGGCUAGCCAAGACUGACCCCAAGGAUGUGGCCCGGGUAGAGAGCCGAACAGUCAUUGUGACGGAGAACCAGAGGGACACGGUGCCUAUCCCCACCCCGGGGGUCAAAGGCCAACUGGGCAACUGGAUGAACCCCAAAACAUUCCAGGAAGCGGUGGAUGACCGGUUUCCUGGUUGUAUGAAAGGCCGCACCAUGUACGUCAUCCCCUACAGCAUGGGGCCCAUUGGUUCGCCCCUCUCCAAGAUCGGGAUCCAACUCACGGACUCCGCCUACGUGGUUGCCAGCAUGCGCAUCAUGACCCGAAUGGGUGCUGCUGUCCUCAGGACUCUGGGCGACGGGGAGUUUGUCAAGUGCCUGCAUUCUGUGGGGCGGCCCCUGCCCCUGACUGAGGAGUUGGUGAACAACUGGCCUUGUAACCCUGAGAAAACCCUCAUAGCACAUGUCCCAGAACGCCGUGAGAUUGUCUCCUUCGGCAGUGGCUACGGCGGAAACUCCCUCCUGGGCAAAAAAUGCUUCGCCCUGCGCAUCGCUUCUUGCAUUGCCAAAGACGAAGGCUGGCUGGCAGAACAUAUGCUGAUUCUGGGACUCACAAAUCCAGAGGGGAAAAAGAAGUACGUGGCUGCAGCGUUCCCCAGUGCUUGUGGAAAGACAAAUUUGGCAAUGAUGAACCCCACGCUGCCCGGCUGGAGGGUAGAGUGUGUAGGGGAUGAUAUUGCAUGGAUGAAGUUUGACAGCGACGGCUGCUUGCGGGCCAUCAACCCCGAGAAUGGUUUCUUUGGGGUGGCGCCGGGCACUUCCACCAGAACCAACCCCAACGCCAUGCACACCAUCCAGCGGAACACCAUGUUCACCAACGUCGCCGAGACCAGCGAAGGGGGAGUCUACUGGGAGGGCAUCGACCAGAUGAUCCCUACAGGGGUGACCAUCAGCACCUGGCAGGGCAAGCCUUGGAAACCAGGUGACCCAGAGUUGGCUGCCCACCCCAACUCCCGCUUUUGUGCCCCAGCCCGCCAGUGCCCAAUCAUGGACCCGGAUUGGGAAUCCCCCAAGGGGGUCCCUAUUGAUGCCCUCAUCUUUGGAGGCAGGAGACCCGUAGGCGUACCCCUGGUGUACGAAGCCUUCAACUGGCGCCACGGAGUCUUCGUGGGCAGUGCCAUGAGAUCAGAGUCUACUGCAGCAGCUGAACACAAAGGUAAGGUCAUCAUGCAUGACCCCUUUGCCAUGCGCCCCUUCUUUGGUUACAACUUUGGCCGCUAUCUGGAGCAUUGGUUGAGCAUGGAAGAGCGCAAGGGCGUCCGCCUUCCCAAGAUCUUCCAUGUCAACUGGUUCCGGAAGGAUGCUGCUGGGAACUUCUUGUGGCCAGGCUUUGGGGAAAACUCUCGGGUCCUUGACUGGAUCUUCCGCCGCGUCGAUGGAGAGGAGAGUGCCAAGGAGACGCCCAUUGGGUACAUCCCCAAAGAUGGCGCCUUAGACCUGACAGGCCUCAGCAAGGUGAACUAUCAGGAGCUUUUCUCACUGCCCAAGGAAUUCUGGGAACAAGAAGUGCGGGACGUGAGGCAGUACCUGACAGAACAAGUGGCCGAGGACCUGCCCAAGGAAGUGAUGAAGGAACUGGAAGCCUUGGAGGGCCGAGUGAAGAAGAUGUGAGGGACCUGAAAAGGAAUGAAACCAAAAGACCAAAGAUACAUCUCCUAUGGGAGAGGGAGGAGAUGACGGAGAGCUUGUUUACAAAAAAAUUCUGCCCCAUUUCUUACCAGCUAUGCCUCUCUGGCCACCAGGAGUCAGCCAUCUUCCUUCCUUGGUCUUGAGGCGGCCAUCUUGCUUCCUAGGCAACAUGAGUGGUACAUAAUGCUUUCUUUAUGUGAGUCACUUUUCUUGAUACAUCCACUUUAUUUCCUCUUUUUCCUGUGCCAUUGUCAUUCUCUGGUUGUAGGGUGGAAGUGACCUAUCGUUCCAUUGACUUUGUGUUGGUACUCUGUUGAGUCUACUUUUCUCAUCUAUGUGCCAUCCUUGGUACUGAGUGGUUUUUGACCUUUCACAGACAGCCUUUUCCUUCUUUGAGAGAAAGACUUCUAGUUUGCAAAAAAUCGCUUGUGGGCAGGAGAUGAUGGGAAAGCCUUUGAGGAAAGGGAUGCCUCAGGCUAGCUUGGGACACGUCCUCAAAUCCUAACUUGCUCUCCCUAAUGCAAAGUUGGAGUGCAAAUGCAGAACUACCGGUAGUCAACUGUGAUGCUAUGGAAGCUCUACCACCAUCAGUAGGUCUUCAAAGCACAAGGAUGGGAAACUUGUGGCCCUCCAGAUGCUGCUAGUUUAUAACUCCCAUCAUCCCUGGCCAUGCUGCCUGAAACAGAUGGGAGCUGGAGUCCUACAGCAUCUGGAAGGCCCCAAGUUCCUCACCCCUAGCCGAACUUCACCACCAGCCUUCGUAUUGGGUAGCUCUAAUUGACCUGAACAGUAGGUGCUAACCCUUAACUUCUAGGUCAAUUGCUAACCCUGACACUAAAUGGAAUGUGACAGAGGCCAUGCCUCUCCAUUAUAGCUGUGUAGCCUAUCUCCCUAUUUCUGUUGAAUCCUUCGAACUUGUGAUGCUGCCUUAUACCAAGUCAGACCGUUAGUCUUAUCUUAGCCAUGGCCACCUAGUGUCUCUUCAGGGAGGAAGUUCUUUCCUAGCAUUUGUUUCCUAAUGGUUUAACUAGGGACAUCAGGAAUUGGACCUGCAAACCUCUUACAUGCCUUGUAUGAGCUCUGCCGCUGAGCGAUGGCCCCCUAUGAAUGUACCACGCUGCCUUCAGGAUCCAUUCUGGAAUUUUUCUCAAGCUAAAAUGGCAACUCAUUUAAUGCCAGGGCCAAUCCCAAAUUUGAACAAUACUUCUGCUGUUUAAACCCAUAUUUUCCUCUCUCUUUUGUACCUCUUUACGCUUACUUAUCUGAGCACCACACCCAAGGAGCCAUCAUGUGAGGCCCACGAGAGAUUGUACUUUGCAAUGCCAUACAUUCUUUGUCAUACCCAUGCAACAUGUGGUGGGUGCCCCAGUAACCUGACUGGUUUUGUGAUUUGCAAAUUUUGCAAACGUGGGAAACAGUUGGUGACUGUUCUGUGUUGGAAAGGAACAUUCUGCUCUUCAAAAGUCCACAAGAAAUGUACAAAACAGCAUUAUGCUAACUCAGACCAUUGUUUUCUUUAUUACCGUUGGCUCUGGCUGGCAGCAGCUGUCCACAGACUCAAGUAGAGUGAGGCCUUUCCAGUCAUCUGCUACCUGAUCUGUUUUUUUUAAAAAAAACUAGAAGUGCCAGGGAUUGAACACCGGACCUUCUGCAUGCAAAGCUGUGACCCAAAACAUCACAAGCCAACUGCUUUUUUUUUUAUUCUACCUUUACUAAAUUUGUACUUCAUAAAAUCAGCCUCAGCUCCCCCACACUUACCUAGGUCCAAACCUGUGAUGAGAAAAAAACCCCAACAAAUUUGCAGCCAAACCAUCAAGUUCUUCACCAAAACUGUCAUUUUGUUGCUUGCCUUUGAAGUCUCUUAACUUAGAUGAGCAAUGGCCAUCGGUAACUUGAAUCCUCUCUCUGUGUUCUGGGAUUGGCAGUUUUCUUUCCGAAGUUAGAAUGUUUGUGAACAUUUCAGGGCAUCAUGACAACUCAGCCCAAUUCUGAUUAUUUAAAGCCCAAUAAAUCCUAUUACUAAUUGUCAGCAUCAUCUCCAGAACAGCCAUCCCACAGACAAAAUGGAUCGACCCAGCUUCACAUUUUUCUAUUUCAGAGAAGCCAAUUGUCAACCCUGCCAGUCAGAUGUGGAGUAAUUAAAUUCCCUAACAAACAAGGCAGCCUUCUCUAGGAGAGGUAAAUGCCCAAGUUGGUUUUGAGGAAAAUCAACAACUCUGUCAAACUUUAGAUAACCAACCUAUCAGACUCUAGUGAGAGAGCAGGAGGGUUGUAGAGUGCUGGGCCUGGAUUGGGGAGGCCUUUAAUCAGAUUAUGUUGUUCAUGGCAAGGCCUUGGACAAAACAGCCUCACCUACCUCACAGGAUUGUUGUGAGAACAAACGAGAUAAGAAAAGCAAUCCCCUUUGUAUAGCAAAAUAUGCUAUUCGAAUGAAACUUGUUGCCUGCAGUUUAGAUUUAUAUUUGGGUCAUAAUUUGGGUUCACCAUCACCCUAAAUUCACCAUCAAUCUUUGCUGGAAUUCAGCUACGGCACAGUUUACCUAAAGCUCUAACCUGCUCUGUCUCGUCUCAGCAUUCCAUGCUAAUGUCCCCCAUCUCACCAAGCACUUAGAAUGUCCAUGAACAUUUAAUGACAUCACAGCAGUACAGCCAAUAGCUAGAGGUGGUUUGCACAGCAGAGGCAGCUUUUAGCCCAUUACUCAUUUUAGGAUGUCUGAUGUACCUACUUCCCACUCGCCAAAGCAGCCAGGCAAGUCUGUUACAAUUUGCCAGCAAAGGAUUCGACCCAUUGGUGAUCAGAUAUGAUGGCUUCUUUGCUGGUGCUCUACAAUAUAUUCUAAUUCCCCCCACCCCAUCUAUAUUUCCAUAUGUGUGUCACAGUUGGUGGGAUUGCUCUUGCCUGCUGUUUUGAAUGCAGUUCACCUACAUUUCAAUGAAUUAACAUAUGCAAAUAAUUAAUGGACUUUUAUUUUCCCCUCCAUGCCUGGAAAAAGUGACAAUAUUUCCAGCAGGGGGCAGGAGAUGAGUGAGAGGGGAAAGUAGACAAGGGGAAUGACAGCAGCAGGUAAAUUAGGUAUGGCUGCACUUUUAGUAAUGGAAUUCCAACCAGAAGUGAGGCAGCAACUGGGAACAAACCCAGAGUAUGAGCUCGAUGUUUGACUGCAAUUUAAUUCUUUUUUAAAAAAAUGCAUAUUUUAUUAAUAGCAAACAUGUAUGAGAAUAAAACUGUCAAGAAACAAAA